ACCAAUGGCGAAUGUUACAAAUUCACCGUAGAAGUUGCAGUUGUUGUUGCCACCAUCUCCAACCGAACCUCGUGUGUUGUUUCAGAGACAUCAUAGAAGAAUGCCAGGAAUCACAGGCCCCUCCAAUUAUUCCGCAGAACCUCCUCGUCAUUCAUCUCUUCAAAUUAACUCCAAGGAACCUUUCAAUGCUGAGCCACCACGUUCUGCUUUGAUUUCCUCAUAUUUGACUCCUUCAGAUUUCUUUUACAAGCGAAAUCAUGGUCCUAUACCGGUAGUUGAUGACGUGGAAAGAUACUGUGUGUCCAUAUCUGGUUUGAUAGAAAAUCCCAAACAGCUUUUUAUGAAAGAUAUCAAGAUGCUUCCGAAGUACAAUGUCACUGCCACACUACAGUGUGCAGGAAAUAGAAGGACUGCUAUGAGCAAGACUAAAACGGUGAAGGGUGUUGGCUGGGAUGUUUCUGCUAUUGGAAAUGCUGUUUGGGGUGGUGCCAAAUUGAGUGAUGUUCUUGAACUUGUUGGAGUACCGAAGUUGACGAGGACCACUCAAUUUGGAGGAAAACAUGUUGAAUUUGUAAGCAUUGAUAAGUGUAAGGAGGAAAAUGGAGGCCCUUACAAAGCAUCAAUCCCGCUAAGUCAGGCUACAAAUCCUGAAGCAGAUGUUCUACUUGCUUAUGAAAUGAAUGGAGAACCUCUUACAAGGGAUCAUGGGUAUCCAUUACGUGUGGUUGUUCCUGGUGUCAUUGGAGCUCGGUCUGUUAAAUGGCUGGAAGCUAUCAAUAUCAUUACAGAAGAAUGCCAGGGAUUUUUCGUGCAAAGAGACUACAAAAUGUUUCCGCCAUCAGUAGAUUGGGGAAACAUUAAUUGGUCAACCAGGAGACCUCAAAUGGAUUUCCCUGUUCAGUGUGUUAUAUGUUCUCUAGAAGAUAUGUGCACAAUAAAGCCUGGGAAGGUAAAAAUUAGUGGAUAUGCAGCAUCAGGUGGUGGCAGAGGCAUUGAGAGAGUAGAUGUGUCUGUUGAUGGAGGAAAAACUUGGAUGGAAGCCUCAAGGUUUCAGAAAAGUGGCAUUCCCUACAUACCUGAUGAUGAAAACAUGAGUGACAAAUGGGCAUGGGUGCUAUUUGAUGUCACAGCUGAUAUUCAUCACAGCACUGAGAUUAUUGCAAAAGCGGUAGAUUCAGCUGCAAAUGUCCAACCUGAAAAGGUUGAAGACAUUUGGAACUUGAGAGGGAUAUUAAACAAUUCAUGGCAUCGGAUACAAGUUCAAGUCGCUGAGUCGAUAUCAUAGAAGUUGUUCGGUUGCAGAGUGUUGUUAUGGACCCUCUAUCAAGUCCUGGGCUGUAUAAUGGGCUUUACCCAAAUGAACUAAAGGGAUAGGGUUUAUUAACAAUAGCUAUGUCAGGUUUCAUAUGUAUUAUUAGGAUGUCGGUAAUUUUGAUUCAAUUUCUAAAAAUAAUUUCUCAAAUAAU